AUGCAAUGCCGGUCUGAGCAUCCAUUCAACAAGGAGCAGUUAGCGAUGACAAGACAGAAUUUUUUGUAUUUCCCCAAUGAGCCCGAAGUGCGUCAAUAUCUGCUGUGUUAUUACCAGAUGCAAGGUUUCUUCAGCGCACUCGAGGGUUUUUAUCCCGAUCGUGUGGCCAAAAUUGAGAAGGUGGAUAUGAACGAGGAGGAAGUUCUGCAAAUUGCCCAGGGAUGUGUGGAUAGAAACGAACAGAAGAGUCCAGCCGAUGAGUGGGUAUUCCGUUUUCACAUGUGUUUGAUGUCCAGCAAAGUUGGCGAUCGGGCAAAAAUCAUAUAUAAUAACUUGAAAGAGGAGAAUGGUGAAAAUGUGCAAAUAUAUAAAUAAAAUCGAAAGAUUCAUGCAUGGACUAAUUAUUUGUUUUA